CCGCCACCCAAUGUCCUCUCGAUUCUCCCUCCUCCCCGCUACCGUUCUCCUCAUCCAUCGGCAAUUUUUUAACAUCUAACAUCAUUACAUAUUAAAUUUAACUCUCAAUUUUAGGAAUAUUGUUGCGAUUGCAGACUUAUUAGAGAGACGAUGGAGGGUGCCGGGAGCUGGGACGCUCUUGAAUGGACGAACAUCGAGCCGUUGUCCAGGUCAUCUUCUUCCUCACUUGGCAUGUCGGAAUUCCUCCUUGAAGCAGAGGAGGUCAUCGUCCAGGGUCAUGGUGUUGUUUUAGUAAAUACAGAUGAGGCUGGGACACUAUCUGUGACAAAUUUUCGCCUUCUUUUUGUGAGUGAGGCAUCUCGGGACAUAAUUAACCUUGGGACCAUACCACUAACAACUAUUGAGAAGUUCAGUAAACAAGUAUCAAAAACUUCUGCUCCACGCCAAUCUGAUAAAAUGUCAUCGCAAAGACUUCUUCAGGUUAUUGGUAAAGAUAUGAGAAUUAUUGUCUUUGGAUUUCGUCCAAGAACUAAGCAGAGACGUGCCAUAAUUGAUGCAUUGUGGAGGUAUUCAAGGCCGGCACAAUUGUGGGACCUUUAUGCAUUUACGUGUGGUCCUUCCAAGUUUAGUAAUGCGAACCCUAAAUUGCGAUUAUUGAAUGAGUACUUUCGACUACUUGGGAAAGAUUCUGUUCUUGCUUCGGGCAGCAUGAUUGGGGACAGAUCACUCAAUAUUUCUAAUGAGUGGUGGAGAGUAACUGCAGUAAAUAACAGCUACACUCUAUGCACAACUUAUCCUUCUUCCCUGAUCCUGCCAAAAUCUAUCAGCGAUGAAGAAGUACUUCAGGCUUCUACUUUCCGUGGGAGGUCCCGGGUUCCUGUGAUAUCAUGGUGUAAUCCUGGAACUGGAGCUGUUCUUGCGAGGUCAUCACAACCAUUAGUUGGUCUCAUGAUGAAUGUGAGGAGCAAUGCAGAUGAGAAGCUUGUUGCUGCUCUUUGCACUCAAACUGCUGGUGAAAAGGGAAGAAGGAAGCUCUAUAUUGCUGAUGCAAGGCCCAAGAAGAAUGCUUUGGCAAAUGGGGCAAUGGGAGGUGGUUCAGAAUCUUCUUCUAAUUAUUUUCAUUCUGAGGUUGUAUUUUUCGGGAUUGAUAACAUACACUUCAUGAGAGAGAGUCUUGCGCGAGUAAGAGACUACUUGGACACUCAUGGGACGACCUCAUCUGAUGGAAUGUCAUCUUUCUUGAGGAAUGGUGAACGGACAUGGAGUGGUGGCCACCUGAGCAGUAUGUCAGCUUCUGUUUCAAGCCUAGGAGAAAGUGGGUGGUUAAUUCAUGUUCAGAAUGUCCUGGCUGGUUCUGCCUGGAUUGCUGCACGUGUUGCCCUAGAAUCAGCUUCAGUUCUGGUGCAUUGCAGUGAUGGGUGGGACAGGACAACUCAAUUGGUUUCGCUUGCGGGUUUAUUGCUUGAUCCUUACUAUCGGACCUUCAAAGGUUUUCAGGCACUUGUUGAAAAAGAUUGGCUUGCAUUUGGGCAUCCAUUUUCAGAUCGGAUGGGGAUUCCGACAACGUCUGGAAACAAUAAUACACCGUUAGAGUUACCCAGGCAGUCUUCUGUGGGAAAUAUUUCAACGCCUCCGAUGAGGACUUCUUCUUUGGGGCCCCAAUCCUCUGCCAAUAGCUCAUUACAUUCACAGACUUCAAACAAUUGUUCCCCCAUAUUCUUGCAGUGGAUUGAUUGCGUUGCGCAGCUACUUCGGGUGUAUCCAUGUGCUUUUGAGUUCUCAUCGGUUUUCUUGGUUGAUUUUCUAGAUUGCGUGUUAUCUUGUCGCUUUGGGAACUUUUUCUGCAACAGUGAGAAGGAAAGACAACAGUCUGGUAUUUUUGACGCCUGUGGGUGCAUAUGGAUGUAUCUGGCAAGUAUUCGUGAGGCUGGUGGGAGCUCUCAUGUCCACCGCAAUCCCUUUUACAAUCAAGCAACACAUGAUUGUCCACUUUUGCCUCCUGCUGCUGCAUUAGCUCCGACACUUUGGCCACAAUUUCAUUUAAGGUGGGCUUGUCCUUCAGAAGCUGGAGUAGGGGAAAUUGAAUGUCAGUAUCGCAUUAUAUUAGAAAAGUACACAGAAGCACAUAAGGAAAAGGAGAUGGCUGAAACGAAAGCUAGGAAUCUUAAAAUAAACAUGGAAUGUCUAGUUGCGGAAUUACAGAAGGAGAAACAUACCAGCAAAUCAGCUAUAGCAACAACCAGAAGAACCUAUAGGGAGAGUCUUGCCAUUAGGCGGGCAAUACAGUCACUGGGAUGUAAAGUGCACUUUUCGAGUAAUGAGAAUAAUUUAAUGGAUACAGGGAGUGGUUCACCAGAUAUAAAGGGGGGCUUGUCAUACUCUUUACGAAGAGAUUCAGAUGCUGAAGGGCUGCAUGAUGACAAAAAUGAUUUUUCUGUAUCCAUCUCUGCUGUGGAGGAUAGUAUGGUUUCUGAUAAUUGGAGCAGUAGGAUGUGUGAGACUCUUUGCCCAUUUGGCACAAGAGAGGGUUGUAAGUGGCCGGAUGGUGGCUGUGCACAGCUAGGCAGUCAAUUUGUUGGAUUGAAGGCAAAUUUUGAUGCAUUUGAUCGAUUAUCCAUUGUUGAAGGCUAUUUUGGAUCAGAGUAGGAAGUGCCAUGAUUAUAUAUUUGAUCACCAAGUAGGCUGUGUAGCUUGAUCUUAAUUGUGUUUCCUCUAGAAGCUUGAGAUUGGUAAUAUGGGCAUUGAGCAAUUUGGUGUGUUUAUAAUGCUGAAGGCAAUUGCUCUUCUGCAAAUUUGGGUGAUUCAAUAUUCUUGAUAAAGAGGGAAUGACAGCAAAUCUUCGUUGGUCCAGUUGAUAAGCUCUUUUUAGUGUUCUCAUCACUCUAGAGAUGUUGGCGUUGGCUUGAUUUCUGGGAAUUGUACCCAAAGAAAAGCAUGCUUAGGUUCAAGAAUUAAAAAGAUCAGUGGGGAUAGGAUAAUCCCCAGCAAUUAGUUGCAGUAAUUCCAAAAGAUAUUCUUUUUGACACAUUAUAAUGAUGUUGAUUGGCUUUUAUUUA